CACUAGUGUUUACUUGCUUCGUCAGCGGUGUCUCUGCCAGUUAUCUCAUGUCGCUCACCUGCUGCUGAUUAAAACCUCGGACUUUUACCUCCCUCUGCGUCUUAUCACGUCUCCAGGACUCCUUAUCAGCGGUUUCAUCAAGCCUCCCGUGGACCUUGGUCGGGGGCAAUAAGGGUCCGCUUUUUUUUAAAAAACCUAACAGGGAAAGAUGACGUUAAAAUCCAAUAAAAACGAACCUGCCCUCAUACUUGAGCCGGUGAGCAGCGUCCGGACAGCCCUUUCUGAUCUGUACCUGGAGCAUCUCCUCCAAAACAAACCAAAGCCUGACAAGGCGGCUAUGCAAGCCAUUGAGAGCAGAGGAGCUGAGUUCUACACCAAUGGUUGUGCCGAACACAUGAACGGCUCAGAGCUAUCCAGGAUGAAGGAAGUAGCCUUUGAGAAGAACCCCUCAGAGCCGAUGGGUGUCACUCUGAAAAUAAAUGAAAAGCAGCGCUGCACGGUGGCCAGAAUAUUACACGGUGGGAUGAUCCACAGACAAGGCUCUAUACAUGAAGGGGAUGAGAUAGCAGAAAUCAAUGGGAAAAGUGUGACGAACCAUUCUGUUGAUCAACUACAGAAGAUUCUGAAAGAAACAACUGGCGUGGUUACAAUGAAGAUCAUCCCUAAGAUGCAGAAUCGCUCCAGAAUCUGCGAGAUGUACAUGAGGGCUCAGUUUGACUACGACCCUUCCAAGGACGACCUCAUCCCGUGCAAAGAGGCCGGCUUAAAGUUUCAGACCGGCGACAUCAUCUACAUCAUCAACAAGCAGGAUCCAAACUGGUGGCAGGGCAGAGUGGAGAACAGUGCUGUAGACUUUGCUGGACUGAUACCCUCUCCAGAACUCCAAGAAUGGAGGGUGGCCAGUAAAAGCAAGGCCAAACAGGGCAGUCAGUCCUGCAGCCCGUUUGGAAAGAAAAAGAAGUGCAAAGACAAGUACCUUGCCAAACACAGCUCUAUUUUUGACCAGCUGGAUGUGAUAUCCUAUGAGGAGGUUGUGAGGCUCCCUGCGUUUAAAAGGAAAACUCUGGUGCUCAUUGGGGCCCCUGGUGUUGGAAGGAGAAACAUCAAAAGUGCUCUUUUAACAAAAUACCCUGAGAAAUUCUCCUACCCUGCACCACACACCACCAGACCACAGCGUAAGGACGAGGAGAACGGAAAGGAGUAUUACUUCAUGUCAAAUGAAGACAUGACCAAGUGCAUUUCUAGAAACGAGCUGCUGGAGUACGGAAGCUUUCAGGGAUUCAUGUUUGGAACCAAGUUUGAAACGAUCCAUAAGAUCCACGAACAGGACAAGAUUGCAGUGCUGGACAUAGAACCACAGACCCUGAAGCUUGUUCGGACUGCAGAUUUUUCUCCUCUUGUGGUUUUCAUCGCUCCCACUAACACAGCUCCACAGACGGAAAACAUUCAGAUGAUCCAGAAAGAGUCUGAUGCCAUUUUGAGCACAUAUGGACACUUCUUUGAUGUGGUUCUCGUCAACAAUGACGUAGAUGAAAGCGUUAAAGGGGUGGAGGAGGCCAUGGAGCAGGCCACCUCCACUCUACAGUGGGUGCCUAUAUCCUGGGUCUACUAGAGGCUCUCUGGCACCAGUUUUAUUCAAAAGCGGUGCAAUAUCACUCCUUACACCAAACUUCCGAGUUAGCAGCGUUUUUGAUCACCGGAUUGUUGUUUGCACAAAAAAAGCAAUAUGUUGAAAGGAUAAUCUCAGGACGGGUGUUUCAGAUAUCUCCAGGAGGUCAGUAUAGGUGCCCCACACAUUUAAGGUUGCUGAUAGAUUAUCAAAUGCAAAACGGGACCUCAACUGUGAAAGAAAGAAAUGCUUUAAAAUAAAUGGAAAUAGUCAAAUGAAACAUCAGCUGGAAUGCUCCCUUUUUUUCUGAUCCCAUUAGAUGAAAUGAGACUAUUAGCUUCUUCUGUUUGUGUCACUCCAUAUAUUCAGCACAAAAGCAACCAAGUCAACCACUAUCUGAUGGGGUACUGUAAAAGCACUUUCAGCAAAUUAAAAAAAUAAACUCAUCAUAACUCCUA